AUGGCCCGGUUAAUCGUGUCGAAUGCCUUCUUGGUCUUGCUUCCCAGUCUUGAUCAGUGCAUUGCAACAAACUAUUAUAAAAACAAAAUCCUAAGAGAUGGUACUUGUCCUCUAUGUAGAAUUUGUAAUCAACAACUUGAAACGAUAGACCACAUUGUAUCGGGGUGCCCAGAGCUUGCUAAGACAGAAUAUAUCCAUCGACAUAACAAAGCAGCCAAAUAUAUUCAUUGGAAAGUAUGUAAACACUUCAAUAUAAAUGUUAAUGAGCGAUACUAUAAACACGAACCAACAACUGUGACUGAAAACGAUCAAGUUACAAUACUAUGGGACAUGGGGAUACAUACUGACAGAGAAAUAACAGCCAACCGUCCAGAUAUUGUUGUGAAAGACAAAGAAAAUAAAACAUGUUUGCUAAUAGACAUGUCCGUUCCCACAGACAAAAACAUCUCAAUAAAAACAACCGAAAAACUCUCAAAAUAUAAAGACCUUGAAAUCGAAGUCGAAAGAAUGUGGGGCUUGAAAACAAGUACAAUACCUGUGAUAAUUGGUGCUUUAGGACUUAUUAAAAAAGGGAUAGAUAAAUAUAUAAACAAAAUUCCUGGAAAUAUAAAAAUAGUAGAGCUACAGAAGAUUGUGCUCCUUGGUACAGCACAUAUACUAAGGAGGACACUAUCCAUCAAGUAAUACCAAUCACAAUUAUGUAUGGACUCCUAAUGUUCAAGGGAUGAACACGGACCUAUAUUUUAUAAAACUUUGAAAAGAAAACAAU